AUGCCAGCGUCUCGUCUCGCCAAGACCAUGUCCGAGAAGAAAGAAGUCGUUACCUGGAUCGAGCAACACGGCGAAGCCCCGGCAAGAGCUGCCACGUUCUUUCAGAACGAACGCGGGUGGAAAAUCUCGGCUGCACAAGUCUGCUAUUGGUGGAAGCAGAGGGAUGCCAUUAAAAAGACCCCGGUCUCCAACCUCCGUCUCAAGGGCGCUGGAGCAAGCCGCGCUUAG